ACAAAUAUAUGGCUUGAGCUGAAAACAUAAACAAAAUUCUUCUCAGCCUUCAUAGCUUCCAAUUCAAGACACCAAUAUAUAUGGCUAGCCAUGGCACCGUGCAAAGACCAUCCACCACCUCAACAUCCCCAACUCUCCCAACAGCUCAUCCCCACGAACCGAAAGACUCAACACCAAGAUUGAAACUCGAAUUCAGCCUCUGUUUUCCAUUCAACAUCCCCAAGACUCCAGAAGCAGCCGCCGCCCGAAUCAUCAGAAACUUGAGUUACUACAGAUUGUACUACACACUUUUCAUAUGGAUCAUACUCUUCACAACCCUCUUGCCGGAGCGCAAGCUCUCCUUGAUCUUCUUGAUAUCAAUGACUUCUUUGACCUGCUCGUUACUUGCAGUGAUGAGGUCAGUCGUACCUGCUGAUUCUGUUGUCCUGCAAUACAAGAUUAUUGAUAGGAGACUGCUUCUGGCUUUGCUGGUAAUUGCGACCAUGGUUGAGCUCAUAGGCACACGUGCGGCCAUGCAUCUGUAUGUGACUUUGGCUUGUGCGACUCCAGUGAUUUUGGUGCAUGCAUUUUUCAGGGUUAGAGAUGAUCUUUGUGUUGAAGAGGAGGCUUCUGCUGCUGGUGAAUUGGUUCCACUCACAAAAAACACUGAACCCAAGUUAUCAGAUUCCGUGUGAUUUUCGGUUUUUCGGUUAAGAUCCAAUUUCCCUGAAAAGUGAGCGAUGGACAUUUUCUUGUUUUGGUUGCAUUGAGAAUUGAAGUUAAUUUUGUUGGAAUAGCUGGGGCUUAGCUGUUAUUCUGUGAGGGUUUGUUUUUGUUAUUGCAGAUAAUAAAUCAUAUUCAUGAGGGCAGUACGUUACUCUACUUAUGAGGGCAGUUACUAUACUUAUGAGGACGUUACUCUACUUAUGAGGGCAGUUAGGUUUGAAUACAUUAAACCUUACUUAUGAGGGCAGUACGUUUGUUUCUAUCUAUUUCUUUGUAAGGCUAUAUAAGCCAACAUUCAGCAUUUGAAUAAACAAGUGAAUUCUCCCAGAUAUUGCAUAUUGUGUGUACUAGGUUUAUACAACAAGUGGUAUCAGAGCCCCUCACAGGGCCUGAUCAAGAGUCUGAGAGUUUGAGAGCUAAGAAACCGCAGUUUUCUUAGAAGGAUAAGGGGUUGAGUGUGAGAGAAAC